AUGUAUUCUGGCCUAAAAAUCGACACCUCUGUGCGAGCGAGCGGUCCCUCAUCUAGCAGAGCAGGUUCACGCAGCCACACGCCUGCACUGGAAUCGCAUCCGAGCGUGAAGGGACGGGUUCGCAGCGAUUCGACUACUUCCAACGCCUCUUCAUUAUCAAUAGUUUCUCCCACAUCCUCAUCCACUAAUGCAUCAUCGGCAUCGCUCCCAUUGCAAUAUCAGGAAGACAGCUUCGAGGAACCUCCAUCCAGUCCAUCCAGUCCCUAUCUCGAAGAAACAGUCCGGCUGGCCCCUGAAUACGUUCUCGCUAUGCACGAUUAUGCUCCGCAGCAUCAGAGUGCGACAUGCCUAUCAUUUCACGCGGGCCAAAUUAUACAUGUUCUAAAUCGCGAUACCAGCGGUUGGUGGGACGGAGAGCUGGACGGACGCCGAGGGUGGUUUCCUAGUAACUAUGUAAGCUCCCAUGUUGACUCGAUCAAGGAAGAAGAGCUUCCAGAAACGCCUGCACGGCAACGACCAGGACAUUCUCAUUCCAUGUCAACUUCCUCUGUUACUUCUUGGACCACCACUUCGUCAGGCGAUAGUAAACGUCAUGGUCGAAGACCUUCUACCACUGAAGCAAUGGGGUCAGAUGCCGAUUCAUACUGCCCGCCUCUUAUGACCGACCUAUUACACGGCCUCUCUAUCCUCCAAAACGCAGUCCGCGCCAACCGAAUGGCCCAUUUCCGGCCCUCUACAGCCUACAUAAUAUCGUCCGUGCGCGCUAUCUUAACAACUACUCAAUGUCUACCCAAGGAUGCCCCACUUCUCCAACGCUUCCCCGUCCUAGCGAUGGAGCGGAAGCGCAUACUUUCUGUCCUGGCCGCCCUAGUGACGCAAGCGAAGAAAGCAUCAGACACGCAGGAAGAAGAAGACAACCGUGAAUAUGAAAUCGAAGUCAUGCUUCGACUUGGAGGGCAAGUUUUUGCUUACGUGCGACGGUUCCUUGCCGUUGCUGUCCAAUGUGGCCUCGAUUUGCCUGAUCGGCGAGACUCCAUGCUUUCGAUCAGUUCGUCCAAUGACACCGCUCUUGACGACAGAGGAAGAGAUCCAUUCCCAAAUAGUGAUUCGUUUCCGCUUGAGAACGCAGACUCGGAUAAGCCAGCUGCUAUGGAAUUUAUCGCUAAUUCUGGUUCCAACCUUCGCGCGAAAAGUCCCGCAGCUCAAUAUGCUCGGCAGCAAACGAAAGAAAUGGAGGAUGGAUACGAUGAUGCUGGGAUGCCCCUACUACCUCAUCGAAGUGCGAAGAAGCUUAAUGAGGCCAAGUUUCCACUACGUGAUCGGAUAAUCGCUCGCCACAGACCUGGCAUGUCGUCCGUUGAUAGUACAUCCUCGUCUUCAUCCCUAUCUUCCAUCGAUUCUAAUGCACCGAAAGUCAACUUCCCCGCCGGACCGACCAGUGCAGUACAAGUCCUCGAUGCAUUGCGUGCCACCCACGAUCGAUAUCUUUCCACCAUCGCUGCCUUCAUAGGACAUGCACAUUCACACUCUCGUACAUCUCACGCUUCAAGCACCGGCCACAUGUACGAUCUCGUUCGGGAAAUCGUCGAGAACGUCUGCAAGCUAUUAACCAUAGUGGAAGCCGUCCUUCAGCACCCAGAUAUCCUCGCUCAGAAGCUGAUCAACCUGCGGCAUGCCAAGGAUGGAUUGUACAUGGUGACAAGCCAACUUGCGGAAUCCGUGCGGUUGCUCACUAUAUCGCCGGCUUCCGCCUUGAGCGAGGAAGACGAAAAGCAGUUGCUUCUGAGGUCUGCGACCGCCGCUCUGAAAGCCGGUGCGGACUGUGUUGCAGCCGUGAAAGUCUGCUUGGGGCUGAAUAGAUCAGUGGGAGGGCCAUUUGUCAUCAAUUUCCCUGUACAAGGGGAGGUAGCACCGUCUUCCCCCAGUGGAUUCGUGAAGCAACUUCCUGCGUCGCAAUUACAUGUGCUGGAAGGUUACUCGCCUCAUGGUGUCGCCGAAGAAGAUUUAACCAUCCAAGCUCGUACGCCUUCUCCGACUAGGUCGAAACUACGGGGCUCCUCGUCAGGUUCGGAUCAGAGCAUUCUGUCUCAGUUAUCUUCGCAGCACUCUGAGGACACCACCGUUACCACACCCGACGACAACAAGCCGCUGCCACCAUUAACGAUAUCUGACUAUCCUGUUGAACCUGAUCUUCCAUCGCCCACGUCAUUUGCGCGUACGGAUGAUGGAACGACUUGGGAAGGUAGCGCCCGUGGCCACGGUCGUGGUAGAUCGAUCGAAGACAAGAGAUUCCACGGUCAACUACCUGCGGUUCCUCUGGAGGUUAUACAUGAAACCACUACCGAUCCUAUCGCAUGGAUGUUCCUACAUGAUCAUCCUCAAGACGAAGUGGCCUACAACAGCGAAGGCGUCCUCGUCGGUGCUUCUCUCGAUGUCCUGGUCGAAAAGAUGACACCUCACGGUAGCAUUGUCGAUCAUACAUUUGCCACAGUAUUCUUUAUGACUUUCCGUCUGUUCUCCACCCCUCUGGAGUUGGUAGAGAAGCUCGUUGCUCGGUACAAUUUACAGCCGCCGCCCGGCAUCACCGAAGAGGAUGUGUACAUCUGGCAACGGCAGAAAGGCUCGCCAAUGCGACUUCGAGUGUCCAACUUCGUGAAGACGUGGGUUGAAUCUAAUUGGCGCUCGGCGGAUGAGGUCGCACUACCUGCGUUGUCCCAAUUUGCGAAGGAAGUCAUAUCAAUACAGUACCCAGCACCCGCUCAUCGGAUCCUUGAGUCACUCGGUAAAGUGCUGCAACACGCCGACGUUGCCAUUAGCCCCCGGGAUACUCGCCCGCGCGAUCUUGGUUUAGCGAUCAACCCGCCUUCUGCUCCAAUGUCAUCGGAGAUUCCCCGACCCUCAAUGACGAAGACCUUGCUAGCAGCGCUACGAAGCAAGAACUUUGCUUCGAUAGCGAUCACAGAUUUCGACUCGUUGGAACUGGCGAGGCAACUGACGAUCAUGGAGUGCAAUUUAUACUGCGCUAUUCUCCCUGAUGAGGUGUUAGAGACAGGCCAGGAGGGUGCAAAGGCGCCUGUUACAGUCAAGUCCGUGACGACUCUGAGCACAUUGAUCACCGGCUGGGUGGCUGAGAGCAUCUUGAGCGAACAGGACGUUAAGAAGCGGACAGCGCUGGUGAAAUUCUUCAUCAAAGUUGCCGAUCGCUGUACCUCGAUCAAUAAUUUCAGUACCUCUCGUUCAAUAUUGGCCGCUUUGGACUCCUCUACGAUCUCCCGACUUCAUCAAACGUGGACGGGUAUUCCGCAAAAGAACAAACUCCAGCUUGAAGCCUUGAGGAAGCUUGCUGACCAUGGACGUAAUUACCACGAGUACCGGUCUCGCCUUCGGAAUACUGCGCCCCCGGCCGUUCCUUUCCUAGGUCUAUAUCUAACGGACGUGACUUUUUGCCGAGAGGGUAAUCAAUCAUAUCGCGUAUCUCCUCGGAAUCCCAACAAGAAGCUCAUCAACUUCAACAAAUACCACAAACUCGCGCGGAUUGUUCAAGAUAUGCAACGCUUUCAAGUUCCAUAUACCCUGAAGGCUAUCACAGAAGUCCACGAGUUCUUAAAUGUUGCGUUUGAGAAUUCAAAACGGAACGGUGACUUACAAGAUCUAUAUCGUAGAAGCUUGCAAAUAGAACCCAAGCAACCGGCAGAUGCGCCACCUGUCAGCGACAUGCGCCAGCUAUUCAAUUGGACAACCCGAACACAAGUUGGACCGCCCGCAUAA